AUGUCGAGCGCACGAGAGAGGUUGAAGAAGAAACUUGCUGGACGCGGCUCUGCAACCAGUGGAGUGCCGAAAAAGAAGAACGACGCAGCGGACGACCCCAACAAGCGACCAUGCUGCCGCUGUGCUGCCCCGACCAAGGCCUACCACGACAUCGCCAAGGUUUACGUUUGCCGCGAGUGCCAACGAGGCGAUCCUGACUUGGAGACCAUCAGCGUGUCGGGCGCCAAGCGUGAGUUCGGUACGACGGAGAAGGACCUCGAGAGCCUGCGGUUCAUGACCCGUCCCAAUCCCAUGAACCCCAAAGGCCCGCCCAUGCGCCUCUUCCUCAAGAAGGAGGUGCGGCGGGUGAUGCUGAAGAAGUACGGCGGCGAGGAGAAGCUGAACAAGGUGAUCGAGACGCGGCUGGCCAAGGAGAAGGAGAAGCCCAGCAAUUCGCUAUUCACCGCCAAGAGCGCCAACCCGUCGGUGAUCAAGUUCUCGUCGCAGCGCGGGGCCACCUACGGCUGCUUCUCCACCUUCUCGCCCCACCCCGUCACCCUUAAGGGCAAAGAGUGGCCCACCGCCGAGCACUACUUCCAGGCGCAGAAGUUCGCAGGGAUGCCUUUGGAGGAGCUGAUUAGAAAGGCGGCAGACCCGCUGCGUGCCAAAAAGAUGGGCGAGGACAAGGACAUACCACCGCGCAGCGAUUGGAAGGACAAGCAGGAGGAAGUCAUGUACGAGGCCACGCUGGCCAAGUUCACCGACCACAAGGACAUCCAGGAGACGCUCCUCAGCACGGGCUUUGCCGAUAUCUUCUACCACACACGAAGCGACUCCUUCUGGGGCGAUGCAGGCGAUGGGAGCGGGGAGAACAAGCUGGGCAAGAUCCUGUCCCUGGUGCGCGGCAAGCUGCGGCGCGAGGUCGAGGGCAUCACCAAGCGGAAGCGGAGCAACAAUGGGCGAGGACAAGGACAUACCACCGCGCAGCGAUUGGAAGGACAAGCAGGAGGAAGUCAUGUACGAGGCCACGCUGGCCAAGUUCACCGACCACAAGGACAUCCAGGAGACGCUCCUCAGCACGGGCUUUGCCGAUAUCUUCUACCACACACGAAGCGACUCCUUCUGGGGCGAUGCAGGCGAUGGGAGCGGGGAGAACAAGCUGGGCAAGAUCCUGUCCCUGGUGCGCGGCAAGCUGCGGCGCGAGGUCGAGGGCAUCACCAAGCGGAAGCGGAGCAACAGUUCGGACAGAAAAGAACGAAGCGAAAAGAACGAAAAGCGAAAGAGACGAAGGUCGGACAGCGAGAACGAGGAAGAAGAAGAGGAGGAGGACGAAGACGAUGA